CAUCUCAACACGUUUUUGAUCCUUUUCAAUCAAGUCAGCUUUCGCUCGGGAAGGACAUAGUGUAACCGGUUGAAAUCCUUCAAUUUAUUGUCAAAAUGGGAUUCGGGGAUUCGAAAACAACAGUCUGUCUGAAUGCCCUGAAUGAGUACCUUGCCGAUCGAAGUUACAUCGAAGGGUACACCGUGUCACAGGCAGAUGUAGUAGUCUUCGAGGCGCUCUCUGGCGCCCCACCGGCUGAACUCUACAACGCAUUGCGCUGGUAUAACCAAGUCAACUCCUACAAAAGCCAGUUCAGUAGCUUGCCAGGAGUCAAGAAAGACGUGAGCGAGUACGGUCCGUCCGCCGCGGCCACAUCAGCGGCCACACCAGCAGCACAGAAUGACGCGGACGAUGACGAUGAUGAUGACGACGUGGAUCUGUUUGGCUCAGAUGACGAUGACGAUGAAGAAGCCUUGGCCGCCAUGCAAGCAUCGAGGAAAGCAGCGGAAGACGCCGCUGCAAAGAAGAAGAAACCUCCACCCAUUGCCAAAUCCAGCAUUGUCCUAGAGGUCAAACCCUGGGACGAUGAGACCGACAUGAAUGAAGUAGAGAAACUGGUGCGUAGUAUUGAGAUGGACGGCCUACUCUGGGGAGCUUCCAAGUUGGUUCCCGUCGGGUACGGCAUCAACAAACUGCAAAUCAGCUGUGUUGUUGUGGACGACAAGGUUGGCACGGAUGACCUCGAGGAGAAAAUCACUGCUUUUGAGGACUUUGUUCAAUCCAUGGACAUUGCAGCUUUCAACAAGAUCUAGACAACGAAAUUGUGGACUUGGAUUGUGAUAAAGAUGGUUUCGACUGCUGAUCUCUAAUCAAUGAAACUUUCCUCUUGUCUACCCGUGUUGAAAACAACAUGGGUACUAUUUCAACAGUGCGAUAGUCCAAAGGUUCAUUAAUCCAAAGGUUCGUUAAUCCGAAGGUUCGCUAGUCCAAAGUGUUCAUUAGUCUGCAAAUAGAAUGAGGUUAAAUUAUACGGAGGUUCGAUAGUCAGAAUGGACAAUAAUGUUCGAUAGUCCAAUCGACAAUAAGGUUCGACAGUCCGAUUUGACAGCAUUGAACAUUAUUGUCAAGUUGGACCAUUAAACCUAGUGUGCUUUCAGAUUAAUGAACAUUUAAACUAUUGAUCCUUGUUUUAAUUUCGGACUAUUGAACCUUCAGACUAAUUAACCUAUUCUAAAUUCGAACUAUCAAACCUUUGGAUAAAUGAACCUUCAGAUUAUCGAAGCUUCAGACUAUUGCAUCAAAUGCUCAGAUUAACGAACCUUAUUUGUUUUUUGGACUAAUGAACCCCGGGUAUUGGAAAUUUGUGUGUUACGACUAUCGAGCCUUCGGAUCAAUAAGCCCUCGGACUAUAAGCCUAUUGAGCGGACCCCAUUUCAACACAGAUACUAAGUCCCAUCCAACACGGGUGGUUGCACCGUUCAAACUUGCACCAAUGUGCACAUGGGUCGGCCGUAGAUCUUAGAAUUUUUACCCUGGUGUCUCGACCAUGGUUGGGUUUUACCAAUGUAAUACUCUACUCUAGCCGUUUCACAGUUCUUAUUUGCACCUUAACAUCUCAAUCCAGUAAAACUGAUUUUGACCGCAACAUGGCAGUCGUUUCAGAGGUUACAAAUUCAUUGGUCACCAUUUCGAGUUGCAUAUGUAUCAUUUAUAGUUUGACAUAGACAUGUUUGAAAAAUGGCACAUCUUUGGAACAUUGACUGUUCAUUGUGAUUGAUUUUGUCCAUUAAUACCACACUUGAAUUUCUUUCAGGGUCCCAUUAUAAUCAUGUAUCUUGAUUAUACACUAAUAAAGGAGACAAAAAUUAUGAAGUUGGA